AUGACCAUGUUGAAGUUACUGCCAAAGCUGCCUGUAUCAGAAGAACCUCGCGUUGCUUUAGGUGGAAUUUCUCGACUUAACAUCGGCGAUGGUAAAAUCAUACCUGUGAGAAAAGAAACCCUAGGACCUGUACCAGAGGAAGAUCGCAUUGGAAUAACUCAGCCGGAUCGUCUUUUGUUAGAUGCAGUGAAAUUACGGAUACGGUCCCUAACGCGUUAUCCAUUGUUGAAACAGACAUCUCCGUCUUGGUUUGUUGCAGAUCUGAUGGAUAUUGCCCGUAAAUACUUUAGAGAUGAUGACGUGAUCACGCGGGAUCACGAUGUUCCAGACACUUGGUUCAAUUUGUCAUUGAUACCGCUAGUAACUGCAGAAUGGCCAAGUCCUGAUUUCAAUCCAUUUUUCGACGUUAUGGAGACUGGCUGGGAUAUCCUUGGAUUUUGUGUGGAAAACCAAGUUAUCAUUUCGGAUUACACCCAAAUGGAUCGUGCAUUGGAGAAAGAACGUCGGUACUUCCUCGAUCUUUGUAAGCAGAUUAAGAAAGCCGGACGCAAUGUGCUCCUGAUUCAAAAGAGCAUUGUCAGGAGUUCACAAAACUGCGCCAGACAUCAGGAUUAUAAGAGAGAAAGUGGAGGUCACAGGUGUCAAAAUGACGGGCACGCUUAUAUUAGGCGAGCUAAUGUUUCCUGGUCUAUAGUGGGAGGACCAAAAUUAGGAUAA